CCGAGCUCCGCGCCAGACGCUGCGACGGCCGCGGGGAGAGCGCCGGCCGCGCAAUGCGGCCCCUCGGCAGCACCGGGGUCGCCGAGCUGCGGGAGCCCGGGCUGCCGCUGAAAACCGACACAUCCCCGUCCUCCAGUGAAGAGUCGCCGGCCCCUAGGGAAGAGCCGGCGGAGGCAGUGGAAACCCCGGGCCGCAGCUGGUGCUGGCUGUGCCGCUCCUCGCCGUGCGGUUUGCGCACGCAGCCCGAAGCCAAGAAGAAAGCACCCUGUCCUGGACUUGGCUUGUUUUACACAUUAUUGUCUGCCUUCCUUUUCUCAGUGGGCUCUUUAUUUGUUAAAAAAGUGCAAGACCUCCAUGCUGUAGAAAUUAGUGCAUUCCGAUGUGUGUUCCAAAUGUUAGUCGUUAUCCCUUGCUUAAUAUACAGAAAAACUGGGUUUAUAGGCCCAAAAGAUCUACGAAUCUUGCUCAUUCUCAGAGGAGUUCUCGGUUCUACCGCCAUGAUCCUUUUAUACUACGCUUUCCAUACAACGUCCCUCGCCGAUGCCACGGUGGUCUCGUUUAGCUGUCCAGUGUUUACGUCUCUAUUUGCUUGCAUAUUUCUCAAGGAAAAAUACAGCCUUUGGAAUCUUCUCUUCACUGCAUUCGCCUUCACCGGAGUGAUCCUCAUCGUGAGGCCGCCCUUUCUGUUUGGUUCCAACGCUGCAAAGGUGACUGGAAGCUACUCAGAUCACCUGAAGGGCACGUUCGCAUCACUCGGACAUGCUGUGUUUUCUGCCUUGACUCUCGUUAUCCUCAGAAAAAUGGGGAAAUCUGUGGACUAUUUUUUGACCAUCUGGUAUUACAUAGUGGCUGGCCUCCUGGAGUCCAUCAUCAUCCUCUUUGUAUUUGGAAUGUGGAGGCUGCCGAACUGUGGGAUAGAAAGGCUCUUUCUCCUACUAAUCGGGCUGUUUGGUUUUGGGGGUCAGGUGUUUCUCACCAAAGCCCUUCAGAUAGAAAAAGCUGGGCUAGUGGCACUAAUGAAGACUAUGGAUGUGGUUUUUGCUUUUAUCUUUCAGAUUAUUUUCCUGUCUGAUGUACCAACGUGGUGGACGGUGGGUGGCGCGCUCUGCGUAGUAGCCAGUAGUGCUGGAGCGGCCAUUCGUAAAUGGUGCCAGGGUUCCACAUGAAGCAUCAUUGCGGGAAUGUGUAUUUUUUUUACAAGUCCACCGUCACCGAGUACAAACACCACAUAUGCACAUACCUGGAAAAUCGAAAUCAUUUCAUAAAGGAGAUUGACCUCUGGCCACUCAGCUGUGAUGUACUCUUCAAGUUACAAACUGUCCCUCUGAGACUGUCACAUCAAAUCCAAUAUCUCUAAAGGCUUCUGUUCCAGUGAGGACUUCAUUGUUCUAGACCCUCCAGAGCUUGGAACAGCUUUGAAUUCUGUACUUUUGUUUCCAUAGCUAAUUUGUUACUAAAUUGUGGAAUGUCUGU